ACCAGAAGGCAUCACUUUGAAGCUGGAAGGAGCAGCUCUGAGCCGCAGUGAUAAGUGAGCUGUGAUCCUUCAUCCUGAGCGUCAGUCAGGGAGGUUCUUUCUGCACUUCCAGCUACAUCUUCUUUCUCCCUCUCUCUUUCUUUGUCCCCUAAAUCUCUCUCCUCUUGCUUUUUGCUUCUGUCUUUAACUUUUUUUUCCAAUCAACCAUGGCUCCAACCCUGGCCACAGCAUUUGCCAGGCGCUGGUGGAUGGCAGUGACUGCUAUCAUUGAGAAUCUGCUCUUCUCCGCUGUGCUGCUGGGAUGGGGAUCGCUCCUCAUCAUGCUCAAGUCAGAGGGCUUCUACUCGUACCUUUGCAGCGAGGAUGGGAACAGCUCCAACUACAAUCUGUCCCAGUCUCAUUCAGCACAGGCGUCUGAUGAGUACACUUAUGACUAUGAAAGUGAGGCUGGUGUGGUGGGUUUGGGAGACGGUGUCGAGAUGAGGCCCCUGGUCCCUAUGGAUGGGCCCCUGAAGAUGAACGGCUGGCUGAUCUGUAAAGAACAGGAUGAGAUGCUGAACUUGGCUUUCACAGUGGGCUCCUUCCUCCUCUCAGCCAUCACGCUGCCAUUGGGGAUUGUCAUGGAUAAAUAUGGGCCUCGCAAACUGAGACUGCUGGGAAGCACCUGCUUUGGAUUGUCCUGCCUACUCAUUGCUUAUGGAGCCUACAAACCAAAUGAACUCUCCGUCCUUAUCUUCAUUGCUCUUACUUUCAAUGGCUUCGGGGGCAUGUGCAUGACCUUCACCUCUCUCACACUACCAAACAUGUUUGGGGACCUCCGUUCAACCUUCAUCGCCCUGAUGAUCGGCUCCUACGCAUCCUCUGCUGUCACUUUUCCCGGCGUCAAGGUGAUCUAUGACUUUGGCGUACCAUUCAUCACCAUUCUGGUGGUGUGGGCUGCCUGUGCAGGAUUGGUCUUCACGAACUGCUUCUUCAACUGGCCACUGGAACCAUUCCCAGGCCCAGAAGAUAUGGACUACACUGUGAAGAUCAAGUUCAGCUGGCUUGGCUUCGACCAUAAAAUCACAGGUCAGCAGUUCUACAAGCAAGUGACCACAGUGGGCCGUCGUCUGAGCGUGGGCACCAACACAAAGCAAAAGGAGCUGACUACCAAAGAUGGAAACAAUCUUUGUCUCUCUACCAUGGACCUGGAAAUGGAGUGCAAGCCACAAGAAGAAUCCCAGUCAUUCCUUAAAACUAUCAUCACUCCAGUUUUCCUGCUCAGUCUAGUGACCAUGUCUAUGACUCAGCUUCGUCUUUUGUUCUACAUGGGAGCCAUGAACAGCGUCCUGGAGUCACUCACCGAUGGAGACCUCAACACAGUGAGUUUGUACUCUUCCAUCUUUGGGGUGCUGCAGCUACUUUGCCUGAUGACCACCCCUGUGAUUGGUCAGAUUAUGGACUGGAAGCUGAAGGACUGUGAUGACGGACAGGAAGACAAGGAACCCUUAAACAAAGGAGAAACAAAGACCAAGCGCAGAGACAGAAAGAUUCAGAAGGUGACCAAUGCACUGCGAGCAUUCUUGCUCACAAACUUGCUUUUGGUUGGAUUUGGGAUUACGUGCUUAGUGCCUAAUCUCCCCCUGCAGAUUGUGUCAUUUGUCUUACACACGGUUGUGAGAGGAUUCAUCCACUCUGCUGUUGGUGGCCUUUAUGCUGCUGUGUAUCCCUCGUCACUGUUUGGAAGUCUAACAGGGAUGCAGUCUCUGGUCAGUGCUGUGUUUGCUCUGCUGCAGCAGCCACUGUUUUUGGCUAUGAUGGGACCACUGGGUGGAGAUCCACUCUGGGUCAAUGUUGGACUCCUUGUACUAAGCAUGCUGGGCUUCUUGCUGCCUCUCUACCUGAUCUGGUACCGACGGACUCUCUACAAAGAGCAGCAGCUGAAGGAUGACAAUGCUAAGAUCUACAUCAAAAUCAACGGCUCUGAAAUCCCAGAGGCCUUUGUCUAGAGAAAAGCAAACAUAGGAAAACAAAAGAAGGGAUGAAGAAGAUUUUGAGAAACAUGGGCAAUCACGUGAACACAAGAAGCUGGUUGUAAAAGGAAAACUGAAAUGUUAAAUAUCACAAUGAAACAUAAUGUUUUUGUACUUCUCUAUACAUUACACAAACCAACGGACUUAUAUGCCCAUUUUCCAAAUGCUACAAAGAUAAAUAAACCUAAGGGUAUAAACACAGAGGGCGAAAAGAAGAACAAGAGAGAGAAAAGACUAUGAAAGGAAAGAGGCAACAGCCUCUGUAUUCCCCCAAAUCCUCCUCUGACAUCUUUUUGUAUCCCCUCCCCAAUGAGCCGCACGCUAGUGCAGCUCACUCCUAAGACUGCUUUCAGUAUUUCUCCCACGACCAUAAAAAAGAUGAUUCUUCCUCUGUGAAGCCCACAUGUCAUUCAGAAAAUCAGAAUCUGUUUUUCUUUUCUUUUGUUUUUGUCAUACUUUGACUUAAAAUCAGCAAAGUACCACCUUUCUGUUCACCUGCUGGAUUUUUGCUGUACAGUAGAUUUUGAUUCAGUGCUGUUAAGGAGAAACAGAAAGGGGAGAAGAGCCUUUUUGCUGAUGUUUCUCAAGCGAGUAGUAAAGACAGUCAGGACAGUAAUUACAGAGGUGGAUUCCUUUUUUCUUAAAGCUAACAUCUGAUUACAGUACAACUGUAGCUUAGCGCAUCGUGUAGUAUUGAUGAAUGUCAGUAUUUUGAAGGUUGUAAUCCAUUAGGACAUGAGCCACUCUGUGGUGUGUUUGUAGACUAUUUAUUUUACUCUUUGACUUUAGUUUUUCUAUUUAUAAUUUAAAUUUAGGGUGCAUUUCGAUGUCGAAUCUAACUGAAGGUUCAUCACACAUAUAAGUGAAAACAGCUUUUCACAUUACCAUUUACACAUCGAUGUCAAUACAAAUAAAAAAACGAGUAAAUUACUUACAGUUCAGAUGCCUUACCUUAAAGUCAGUAUUUGGUCCAGUCUGUCCGCCUACUCUUGAGAGAAAUACAGCACUUUUACCCUUCUUUCACACAAAAAAAAGCUCAGUUUGACAGUUCCCCUUCAUCUCUUCAGCAAUAGUUCUGCUUUGCCUUAAAUUUUUCUGCCUUCUUAUUUCUAUUUAUUUUAUUUUACACUCAAAUUUCUUGGCAUAUUUAAGUUGCUCUCUGCUGACAACUACUUCUGUGUCUAAUUGUAUACUGUGCUGUUGGCAUAGAGCUCCUCCUGUCAUGAUGUAGGGAUGUUUUGUUGUGCAAGUUUGUUUAAUAUGAAAAACUCUGCCGAGGUUAAUAAAGACUCUUGCUUUUUUCACUUUUUAUCAGACUGCACUCAGUGUCUGCAUGUAAUUCUCAUCAAGUUGCAAAAGUGUUCUUUUCUACCUUGAAAUCUGUUCCAUCCACAUUAAG